UUCAAUUGCAUUAUAUUUAAAGGGAAAUAAAAGAAAAGGAUUUACUAUAAAACAAAUAAUUAUAUAAUUUAGUUUUUUUCUCAUUUCUCUGUCAAUGUCCGUUGAUAACAGACGGAUCCUUGAAACAUAAACAACAAUCUCUCUUCCUUUCUCGAAGCAGAGACAGUGAGAGAGAGUGAGUAUUGAUAGCAAAAGAAGAACCACUCAUUGUUUCCUCUCAUGGAUCUCUCCACCGUCGCGGCAGAGGAGCUAGCUCCGCCGACUCAACCGCAUCGCCUAUCAACAUCCUGCGAUGUUCACCCAGAGGAGCGCUUCUCCGGUUUCUGUCCUUCUUGUCUCUGCGAACGACUCUCCGUCUUAGAUCACAACGGAGCUCCGCCGCAGCAGCCGUCGUCAUCUUCUUUUUCCAGGAAACCACCCACCAUCUCCACCGCAGCGUUGAAAGCUCUCUUCAAGCCCUCUACUAGCAACGCCAAUGGGAACGGCCGGGUCCGAGCAGGUUUCUUCCCGGAGCUCCGGCGAAGCAAAUCAUUUUCAGCAAAGAACAACGAGGGAAUCUGCGGUGGGAUUGAGCCACAGCGUCGGUCUUGUGACGUCAGGCUUCGUGAAGAAAAUAGAAACCUUUCCAGCAGUAAAGAAGCUGGUAAGAUGGAGGAGGAGGAGGUUAGGAAGUCAAGCGUGAGUGAGGCAGUUGUCGAGGAGGUGACUGAAGAAGUAGAAACUGAGGAAGAAGAAAGCUCUGAGAUAGUGAAUGAUGAUUGGGUGGGUGAAAUCAGAGAGGAAAAAAGGGAGGAGGAAGUAAAAAGGUCAGUAGAGGAAAUGAAGCCAAUGAAGGAGUACAUGGAUCUCUAUCCACACACUAAGAAGCCUUCCGUCAGAGAUUUCGCCGGUAGUUUCUUCUCGGCGGCCUCUGUUUUCAGCAAAAAGCUUCAGAAAUGGAGGCACAAGCAGCAGAAGAUCAAGAAGCCACGUGGCGGCCAAGUAGGAGGACGCCCACAGUUGGCGGUGGAUAGAAGACAGCCUAGGGAAAGGGAUACACAGUCUGAGAUCGCUGGCAGGAGAUCUAGCGACACCGACCCUAGAUUCUCCCUUGACGCCGGGAGAUUCUCCGUCGAUAUCGGUCGCAUUUCGGUGGACGAUUCUCGUUACUCGUUAGACGAGCCAAGAGCGUCGUGGGAUGGUCACUUGAUCGGCAGGAACACCACGUUACCGCCGACGGCUAGGGUUCCUCCACCGCCGUCGAUGCUAUCAGUCGUGGAAAACGCGCCAAUGCAGGCUCCGGUGGAAGAUCCGUCGAUUAAUGGAGAAUCGGACCCGAUAAUCAUAAUUCCGGGUGGAUCGACGCAAACCAGAGACUACUACACGGAACCUCCGUCGCGGAGGAGGAAGAGCCUCGACAGAUCCAAUUCUAUUAAAAAAGCAAUGGAGAUGGAGGAUGUCAAAUCGGUGGUGUCCAAUUCUAGAGUUUCUCCGGCGAUAACAGCAGCUGAGCCAUACUCCUCCAUUGAGAACAACAACAACAACAAAGUGAAUGAGAAUGGUGAUAAGAAAUCGAGAAGGUGGGGGAAAUGGAGCAUGCUAGGGUUUAUAUACAGGAAAGGUGUUAGCAGCAAGGGCGAGGAUGAUGAAGAAGAUAGGUAUAGCAGAUCCAACAGCACCGGCAUGGUCGAGAGGUCCUUGUCCGAAUCAUGGCCCGAGCUGAGGAACGAAGGAGGAGGACCAAAGAUGAGGAGGAGUAACAGCAAUGUGAGCUGGAGGAGCUCCGGGGGAGGAGGAUCGUCCAGGAAUAAGAGUUGGAGGAAUUCUUCCAAGGAUGGAGGAGAUAACGGAAUGUUGAGGUUUUAUUUGACUCCCAGUUGGAGAAAUGGCAACGGUGGUGGUGGUGGCGGUGCUAGUGGGUGGGAGAAGACGGCGGCUAGAGCUAAUAGUCAUGGCCACUCUAUAGCAAGGAGAGUCAUGAGGCUCUAUUGACCACACCAUUUAUCUCUCUUUAAUUUUUAUUUAUUUUCAGUAUUGAGAUUAUAUAAUAUGUAUUGUGAUUUUCCAUUCCAGAAUAAGCCUUUUUGGAACCACAGAAAUUAACCUGCUGCUGCUGCUUCAUUAUUAGUCUGUAAAAUCUCAUGCAGAGUCCUUCAAAACUUGCUUCUGAAUCUAA